AAACUGUAAGUAAACCAGAUUUCUAAACGAAAAUAAAUUGCUUAUGUCAAUUCUCAUUUUGGGAAUUAAACAUUUUCGCCUAAAAUAAUUAUUUUUCACUUUAUUUCGCUUAGUUUUUAAUUAAAUAGGUCUUAAAGAAAUGACAGAGCAGCAAAUGGAUUGCGCUUUGGAUUUGAUGCGGAGGCUGCCUCCCCAGCAGAUAGAGAAGAACCUGACAGAUUUAAUUGAUUUGGUGCCAAGUUUGUGCGAGGACCUGUUAUCUUCUGUGGAUCAGCCCUUGAAAAUAGCACAGGACCGUAGCAACGGGAAAGAUUAUCUGCUAUGCGACUACAAUCGCGAUGGGGACUCGUACAGGUCCCCGUGGUCAAAUACGUACGAUCCUCCUCUGGAAGAUGGGUCCAUGCCUUCAGAGAGAUUAAGAAAAUUGGAGAUUGACGCUAAUCAUGCAUUUGAUCAGUAUAGAGAAAUGUAUUUCGAGGGUGGAGUGAGCUCAGUAUACCUAUGGGACAUGGACCAUGGGUUUGCAGGAGUAAUAUUGAUAAAGAAGGCUGGUGAUGGCUCCCAGAAAAUAAAAGGAUGCUGGGACUCCAUCCAUGUGGUGGAAGUAGUGGAGAAGAGCUCAGGACGGAACGCUCAUUACAAAUUGACGUCGACGGCCAUGCUAUGGCUACAGACCAACAAGGAGGGCAGUGGCACCAUGAACCUUGGCGGCAGUCUUACAAGACAGGCGGAGCAGGACUCGGCAGUGAGUGACGUAACGCCACACAUCGCCAACAUCGGCCGCAUGGUCGAAGACAUGGAGAACAAGAUACGGAACACGCUCAACGACAUUUACUUUGGCAAAACCAAGGACAUAGUGAACGGCCUGCGCUCGGUGGUUCCGGCCGACGUUCAGCGGCGCACGGCGGCCCUCCAACACGACCUCGCGCUCGCGCUGCAGCGCCGCCACGUGGCGCGUGCUGACUGAACGCGCACGGAUGGGAUGGCAACAUUGGGUACGACGACAUAGGAUAAGACAGAUACUGCAUUCUUCUUCUGUAAAUUGAAGUAUAACCUAGAACAUAGUCAGUCAAUGCAGCCCGUAUGGUGCUUUGAACGAAAUAGUCCAGAUUCUCUAUUUUGAACUUCUUGUCUUAGGGAAUAGUUGAAUUUUUUACUUUUACAUACUCCAACUUCUAUCUAUCACAGUCAAUUAGCUUAAUUAGCUCGUUCGUGAAAUGCCCGUUUGCUAUAUUACGCCGAUAGGUUUUAAACUGACAAAAUAACAAAUUAAUUUGUGACUUCUUUCUUGCCUACCUGUUUUAAAUGAUGAAACUGAUCACUAAUUUUAAUGCAAUUUCAUAAAUACACCUCUCAUUAAAAAUAACAAAACACGUCGCUUCUGUUUCGUAAAAAGAGAGAGUAACAUGAAUAAAAAGUAAGUAAAUGUCAUUUUACGGUGGGUAAUUCGAAAUUUAAAUUUAACUGUUCCUGAUUCUGAGCUAAAAGUGUGUUUUGUUGAACAAAAUUUGAAAAUGAUCAAAAAAGAAAUGAAAAAUGAUGAAAAUGAUGGUUUUCAUUUAUUAGAAGUGUUUAAAGAUAAGUAUAAAAGUAGAGACAAUUUGUACGAAAAAAAAUCUGACUCGGACGGGACUUGAACCCGCCGCUCUUGUCAAGCCGAGACGAGCGUGUUAACCAUUGUACCACCGCAUCCUCCUCUUCUGUCCAGAAUGUACCUCUGACUAUCCCAAUUGGGAUAUAGUCAUGAGUUUAUGUAACUUCACGCCUUAAAACUCAAUCAGAGCAGACAGACACUUGACUGGUGAAUUAAACUAAUUGAUUGUGAACAACCUUUUAUAUUACUUUGCAUUUUGUUAAUUGUUGGAGUAUGUGAAAGUUCAACUUAAAAUACUUAGCCACAUAAGUAUAUUAAGAUUACCCUAUACAUUUUUUUACCCAAUACCCAUCUCACAUUUUUUGCAUUUUUAUUGCUUAGUAUUUUUUUUUUAUUGUAAACUAGAAGAUUAUUGUAUUAAAUUAAGGCUUUAUAUCAAUAAGAGAUUCAAGUAUAUUAUAACUAGUGCUACAGCAACAAGCCAAUUUUGAACGUUGCAAUUUAUUAUUUCACAUUUUAAUUGUUUUUAACAAUAGUUUUGAAUUGGCCUCUCUAAAUAAAGAAACUAUUUAUCUGAACAAUA